ACACUCUCACCCUGGAUGGAGUCUCCUCUCUUCAUGAGGCAUGGCUCACAGGCUCAGGCACUGUCAGCAGAUGGCGCUACACCUCUCAUUAACUCCUGCAGCAGUGGAAAUGUAGCUUGUGUCAGACUCCUCUUAUAGCACGGAGCCUCCUUCCACACCAACCACCAGCUGGCUUCACCCAUCCACGAAGCCGCUAAAGAAGGUCACAGAGAGUGUCUGGAGCUGCUGCUGCUGCUGUCGAGCGGAGCCCAGAUUGAUUUUUGAGAUACCAGGCGUGGAUCUUAUCUUACCCCGCUGUACGCCGCCUGCAGGGCUCCGGCAGCGGAGUGUGUGGAGCUGCUGCUGCGUUCAGGUGCCGACGUUGGCUCUGGAUGUGGGCAGAUCAGCCCUUUGCAUGCUGCGGUUUGUGCUGGAGAAGCAGACAUUGUUAAACUUCUCCUGGACUUCGGGGCAGACCGAGCCAGCAGGAAUGCAGAGGGAAAAACUCCUCUCGAUCUGUCGGCACCAAACAACGCGGUUCGAUUUGCUCUGGAGACGAGAGCUCCCUGCUCUCUGUCUGAGCUUUGCCCUUUCUGCAUUCGCCGCAGUCUUGGGCGACCUCGUCUUCGCAGAACCUCCAGCCUCUUCCUUCCUCACAGUAUCAGGAACUUCCUCCUCCACAAAUGACACUUCUGUUUGCUACAUAGACCUCCAAUCAUCGAUUGUCCGUGUAAAAUAGUUACAAAGGAAUAAUAUUCUCAAGACUACAACUGCACAUUUGUAUAUUUUAGGACAAAAUUGCUCUUAAAAUCAUAUUUGAUAUUUAAGCUGUACUCACAGGUUGCAUUUUAAAUGACUCAGACUUAGUAUGUUCGUACUUCGAGUAAAUCUGUCUGUUUAACAUCCAUCUCUUUACAAAACCUUUAAAAGGUGAACACAGCCAGUUGCAUAUCUGCAUGUUCCCUCUUUUCUUCUGUGUUGAACUGUUUUCUGAAACCUUUGUGGCUCCGCAGGGAGCUGUCUGAAUGUCAGAUAAAUCACAGUCUGUUUUCGCUGGAGAGAAGAAGCCUGAUAAAAUGGAAUAAAGAUUUUGCUGAGUUUUUAAAAUCGUGAGGCUUUUAGCGUUAUGUUAUAUCUGCAGUGCGGCAUUUUUGUAACACAGGUUCGUUAAACACCUGAUUCAUCCCUAGAUUGUUGCCCAAGGAAGGACGUAAUCCGUUUAGAUAAAAAAAACAGCUUUAUUCCUACAAUUUGUUUUCUUAAAAUGUUUCACAGCUGCCUUUGGCUUCAGUAUAACCUUCUGUCAGCAUACCAGAUGCCUCAACUGACUGCUGCGGUACACACAUGCUGUUUUCAAAUUGUA